CAACUUUACGUGGCAAACUGUCAAAUGCAACCAAUAAGCAGCAGAAAAAAAUCGAAUUAGCGAACUGACGUGGAAGUUUGCUUUUGCUUGGAAUUUGUGUUAAAAACUGAGUUACCUGUGCGUCCAGCCGAGCUUAAGCUGCAAUUAAUUGCACAAAAGCAUCUACCCAACACAACGUCUUGCAUCAUUUGAAUUCGUUGGAACGGGAUCGGGAAAGGAAAGGCGAACUUUGAGCCGAUUAUUUGAGUGUGUGUUGUGUGAAAGUUGUUGCUACGUUUUUAUGUGCUCAAUUUGAGACGUUAUUAUAUACAAAGCAAUGAAUCCGAACAUGUAUGGCCCACCGCCUACGCAAUUCCAGCAGCAGCAGCAGCAACAACCACAAUAUGCAGCACCACCGCCCGUUAGCGGGGCUCGGGGAGCAACGGGUUGGCCACCACAACAGCAACAGCAGCCGCAGCCAGGGCAACAACAACAACAGCAGCCAGCAGCGCCACCACAGCAGCAGCUUCAACAGCAACAACAACAAUAUGGCGCUCCAGUGACGUCCGCUCAACAGCCGUAUGUGAAUGGCAACUAUCAGCAGUUGGCCACGUCGAUGAGCGGCUUGAGUGUGAGUGGCAAUCCAUUAAAACCCGCACAACCUCCAAUGCCGACAGCUGCAAUUGGAGCUCCUGCUUCUGCUGCUGCUCCUCCGCGGGCAGCAUACAAUCAAUUCAACUCGAACGCUCCGCCAACGUCGCAGCCAAACUUUAACAACAACAAUGCCUACGCGGCAGCCUAUGCAAAUGGCUCAACAGCAGCUCCGUCUCCGGCGUCGACUCAAGCUCCGCCUGUGCCGGGAGCUGCAGUGCCGCCACCCUCGCUGUAUCCGCCCACGUCAGCGAUGCCCACAUCAGCAGCACCUGGAGCACAAGGUGCUCAGAGCGUGCCCAGUGGCAUUAAUCAGAUGACACUGAACAGCGCCAACUUGGCAGGCUUGCCACAUAUGCCGCCACCUAAAGCAUCAACGACUGGACAACAGUUGCCACCCAUAUCCACAGCGGCAGCAGCACCAGGACAGCCAGCUCCAGCGGCAUUUGGCAGACCUGGUCAGCCGCCAGUUAGCGCUGGCAUGGGAGCUCAACCCGGCAUGCCACCACAACCCGGCAUGGGAGCUCAACCCGGCAUGGCACCACAAUCCGGAAUGGGAGCUCAACACGGCAUGCCACCACAACCCGCCAUGCCAGCUCAGCCAGCUCCAUAUGGCGCUCCUCCAGGCGGCUUUUCUGGUGCCUAUGGCGCUCCGCCAGCGGCUGCUCCGGCUCCAGUUGCAUUCCCAGGUGCACCACCGCUGCCAGGUCAGCAACCAGCACCGCAGUUUGGUGCUGCACCACCGCCAGCUCACGGCUUUCCACCACAGCCGGGGCAGCAGCCUUUGCAGCAGCCUCCCAUGCCUGGCUAUCCGGCUCAACCUAUGCCUGGCUAUCCGCCUGCCCAGCCAAUGCCCGGAUAUCCACCUCAACCUGGACAGCAGCAACCCAUGCCCGGCUAUCCGCCACAACCUGGCAGCUAUCCAGGACAACCAGGUCCAGGUCGUCCUGGCUACAAUCAACCGCCCAUGCCUGGCGCUGGCAACAUGUAUCAACAGGCGCCGGCGCAGCGUCGCCUCGAUCCCGAUCAGAUGCCCAAUCCCAUACAAGUGAUGAUCGAGAAUCAGCAAACAGCCGGCGGUACUUUCAUUACAAAUCAGCCGGGUUUAUUGCCACCUCUGGUUACCACCAAGUUUGUGGUGCACGAUCAGGGCAACUCCUCGCCACGCUUUAUGCGAUCCUCGCUCUACUGCAUCCCCAACACUGGCGACCUACUUAAGACAACGGCUCUACCCUUGACCCUCAACAUUUCCCCGCUGGCCCGCGUUGCUCACGGCGAAAUGGAACCGCCGAUUGUCAAUUUUGGGGACAUGGGUCCAAUUCGCUGUAAUCGCUGCAAGGCUUACAUGUCGCCCAAUAUGCAGUUUGUAGAUGCGGGACGACGGUUCCAGUGCCUUAUGUGCAAGGUGACAACGGAGGUGCAUCCCGAUUAUUAUCAGCAUCUGGAUCACACAGGACAACGUGUGGAUAAACAUGAGCGUCCUGAGCUCUUGUUGGGAACAUACGAGUUUCUGGCCACCAAGGAUUACUGUCGCAACAAUGUGGCGCCUGAGGUGCCAGCGUUUAUCUUCAUCAUAGACGUCUCGUACAACACGAUCAAGUCGGGAUUGGUGCAUUUGCUCUGUUCACAGAUCAAGGAUAUACUCAAGCACUUGCCGGUGGAUCAGGGACAGGACAAGUCGAAGGUGCGCGUCGGUUUCAUCACAUACAACAGCACCGUGCACUUCUAUAAUAUUAAGAGCAGCUUGGCACAGCCGCAGAUGAUGGUUGUGGGAGAUGUCCAGGAGAUGUUUAUGCCGCUGCUCGAUGGUUUUCUCUGUCAUCCAGAGGAAUCGGCAGCAGUAAUUGAUGCUCUCAUGGAGGAAAUUCCGCGCAUGUUUGUGGAUACAAAGGAAACAGAAACUAUACUCUAUCCGGCCAUACAGGCUGGUCUCGAGGCUCUCAAGGCGUCCAAUGCCUCGGGCAAGCUGUUGGUCUUCAAUUCAACGCUGCCCAUUGCUGAGGCGCCUGGAAAGCUAAAGAAUCGCGAUGAUCGCAAAUUGUUGGGCACGGAUAAGGAGAAGACGGUGCUGACGCCACAAACAACUGCCUACAAUCAGCUGGGACAGGAGUGUGUGCAACAAGGAUGCUCCGUUGAUCUGUUUCUGUUCAACAAUGCAUACAUUGACAUUGCCACAAUUGGUCAAGUGUCGCGUCUAACCGGAGGAGAGGUCUUUAAGUAUACAUAUUUCCAAGCCGAACUCGAUGGCAAGCGUCUGAUUGAGGACAUUAUUAAGAACGUGUCGCGUCCAAUUGGCUUUGAUGCGGUGAUGCGAGUACGUACCUCGGCAGGCGUGCGUCCCACCGAGUUCUUUGGUCACUUCUACAUGACCAACACCACGGAUGUGGAACUAGCCAGCAUUGAUGCCACCAAAUCGGUGAGCAUUGAGAUUAAGCAUGACGACAAGCUGCCGCCAGAGGAGAAUGUCUAUAUCCAGGUGGCUUUGCUGUACACCUCAUGCAGUGGCCAGCGAAGAUUGCGCAUAUUGAAUCUGGCCUUGCGUGUGACUGUCACCAUUGCCGAUGUGUUCAAGAGCUGUGAUCUGGACGCCAUGAUGUUGUUCUUUGCCAAGCAGGCAUGCUUUAAGCUAAUGGAGCAUUCCCCGAAACAGGUCAAGGAUAAUUUAAUCCAGCGUUCGGCUCAGAUCUUGGCCUGCUAUCGCAAACAUUGUACAUCGCCCACAUCAGCUGGUCAGCUAAUCCUUCCCGAGUGUCUUAAGUUGUUGCCACUGUACUCGUCCUGUUUGUUGAAAAAUGAUGCCGUUUCCGGUGGUUCCGAUAUGACGCUAGACGAUCGCUCCUAUGUCAUACAAUUCGUGCUGGCCAUGGAUCUGAAUAUGUCCGUGAACUAUCUGUAUCCACGCUUCAUUCCCAUACACAAUGUGGAGCCCGAUGAGACGACUCUGCCGUCUCCAGUGCGUUGCACCCAUGAGAAAAUCACAGAGGAUGGUGCCUACAUAUUGGAGAAUGGUGUUCACCUCUUCAUCUGGCUGGGACAAUCGUUGGCUCCUAACGUUGUCCAGGCUCUCUUCGGUGUCCAAUGCACGCAACAGGUGAACGCUGAGCGAUUCGCAAUUACAGCGGAUACUCCUCUAGCCCGUCGCAUCACUGACAUACUCGAUCAGAUAAUGGAGGAGCGUACGCGCUAUAUGAGGAUUACCUGUGUGCGGCAGAACGAUAAGCUGGAGAGCGUAUUCCGACAUUUUCUCAUCGAGGAUCGCGGCACAGAUGGUUCGGCUAGCUAUGUGGAUUUCCUAUGCCACAUGCACAAGGAGAUCAAGGAUCUGUUAAGUUAGCACGUAUGCUACAGGUACAAACUGCCGGCUGCCAGCAGCAUUGCAACCGAGGAGCGCUGGUCCAGAAGCUACUCACAGAAUCGGGCGCGCAUGCGUCGCCUUUCACUGAGCAGUCGUCGGUUCAAAUGAUCAUAAUUAUUAGCAUAAAGAGCAGAACAAGGAGAAAGAGAAUGAAAGGAGCAGAAGCACUUCAAUUAUACAUAUACACAUAUAUAGUAUAUAUAUACAUAUAUAAAUCAUAUACAUAGCUGCGACUUCAUUUCGAGCUUUAAAAAUCUUCCAUUAUUUUUAUUAAAGUUUUCAUAUUUUGCAUGUUUUCUUUUAUCUGUCAAUCUUAAGUAUUUCGAUAUGAUAUCAUCAUCUAUGUGUGUGUGUGCUGUGUGUAUUCCUGCGCUAUGAACAUUUGUUAAACGAGCAACCCGCAAUUACGGCAAUAUAUUUUCUGUUUCCAUUUUUUUUCUUUAAAUUCCGUAUAUACAUAAUUUUAAUGAAAUUAAAUAAUAUUUCGAAAAUUUCCCUAGUUAAAAAAACAUCGUGAAUUAAGCCUGAGGCGAUGAAGAAUGUAAAACCUGAAAAGGUGUCAAAUAUAUUUAUCUGUAUCAACCCAAUUUACGAUAUGUAGCAAAGUUUUCUAAAUACUAAUCAACACUAUAAUAAAUGAGAAAAAA